AUGAAAGCCCUAAAAGCUUCUUCUCUCUUUGGGGGAUGUCAUCAAUGGCGGAAGCUUGUGUACCGGAAGAGGUGCUUCAGCCGCUGCUCAUUGCUUCGGAUUUAUCAUACUCUCUAGAAGAUUGCUUGAAGUAUCUUCUAGAGUCUUCCAAGACCGAUUCAGGCCGCUCCGAUCUCGCUUCCAAGGCUGUCCUCCCCUGUAUCCUACGUCUUCUUCAGCUUCUUCCUUCCCGCCACCACUAUCUCAAUCUCUCUCUCAAGGUCCUCCGCAACCUCUGCGCCGGCGAGGCUUCGAAUCAAAACUCUUUCGUCGACCACGGCGGUUCUGCUAUCCUCUCCGGCUUGCUUGCCGAGAGAACCAAACCCACCGAGGAGGAGGAUUUCGAGACUGUUCGAUUCGGGUUGCAGGUUCUAGCCAACGUUGUAUUGUUCGGAGAGGAGAAACGUCAGAGAGAUGUGUGGCUUCGCUUUUUCCCGGAGAGGUUCUGUUCAAUCGCUAAGAUUAGGAGGCGUGAGACCUCUGAUCCUCUCUGUAUGAUUUUGUAUACUUGCUUUGAUGGAUGCUCUGAUCUUGCUUCUCAGCUUUGCACCAGUGAUGGCCUUACCAUCGUUGCUGAAACUAUACGGACUUCAUCUUCCGUUGGGUCUGUGGAUGAUUAUUGGCUCAAGUUACUGGUUUCGAGAAUCUGUGUUGAAGACCAUUGUUUCCCACAGCUCUUCUCCAAGUUAUACAACAAGGAUGCCGAAGAUGAGACCAGGUUUACAUCAGAGCAACCCUUUCUUCUGAGGAUGGUGUCUGAUAUUGCAAAUGAGAGGAUAGGAAAAGUGUCAGUCCCUAAGGAUACAACUUCUUCCAUUCUUGGAUUAUUCAAGAGAUCUGUUGACGUUUUUGAUUUUGCUUCAAGUGAAAGAUCCGAGCUUCCUACGGGUUCAACUAUAGUAGACGUAAUGGGUUACUCUCUGGUAAUAAUAAGGGAUGCUUGCGCUGGAGGAAGCCUUGAAGAGCUCAACAAGGACAACAAGGAUUCAGUUGAUAAUGUUGAAUUGCUCUUGUCCUCUGGACUGAUUGAUCUCCUUCUUGAUCUGCUUCGCAAACUUGAUCCUCCAACAACAAUAAAGAGGGCUCUAAAGCAGAGUCCUAGUUCUUCUUCUUCUUCAGUAAGCCCCUGUCCGUACAGAGGAUUCAGGAGAGAUAUAGUGUCUGUGAUUGGGAACUGCGCCUACAGAAGGAAAGAGGUACAAGAUGAGAUCAGGGAGAGAGAUGGGCUCUUUUUAAUGUUGCAGCAGUGCGUGACAGAUGAUGACAACCCUUUCUUGAGAGAGUGGGGAUUGUGGUGUGUGAGAAAUCUGCUGGAAGGGAACCCAGAGAACCAGCAAGUGGUCGCCGAGUUGGAGAUUCAAGGAUCUGCGGAUGUGCCUCAACUCCGUGAAAUUGGUCUCAGAGUUGAAAUUGAUCCUAAAACAUCCAGACCAAAGCUUGUCAAUGACACCUGAAGAAGCUUCAAUGCCUUGGCUGAUGUAAUAUGAUUUCUUUUAUUCUAGUUAGAAUUAGGAUUAUGUGGUUUGUAAUUCAUUUCCAUUUCAAUAAAUCUUAUUUACUACAAAGGGGAGAAAGCUAAUUCCCCUAUGCAAGGUAAACUUCUUUACAGCCACCAGGACACGAUGUUGUAUGUACUGGUAUCUAUGUAUGUUUAUCUAAUGACUGGAUUUAAAAUCAAGACACUUUUUGGGCC